AUUGAGUGACAGUUCAAGCUCAGGCGGUGUCGUCGUCGCGUCGGGAGUGUAGAAAUUUUCUUUCGCAGGCAAUUCCAAGAGGAAUUGCUCCUCAGAAAUCCGGUGAAAUUCCUGAUAAAAAGGUGUUUUGCAGUGAAUAGUUUCAUAUUUUGCCACUCAGUGGAUUCCAAUUGUGUUCCAUUCCUGCCAAUUUUGCCAAAAUUUGCGGCAUCUGUGAAAUCACAGCAGCCAGAAGGCAGAAAACAAUCUUUUUUUUUUCUACUCCGAAAUAUAAAAGAGAGAUUUCUUUGGGUUUUCUUCUAAAGAAGAUUUCAGUGUGCUUCUCUGUGCAAAUAUAUUUUCCUGCAGUGUUGUCUAAAUUUAAGCCUCUUCAGCAUUGCCCAACGCUGAUAUCAAACAUACACUCACCUAUGAGAUGCACUUAGAAAAUAUUGAUAACCAAGAUGCUUUAGUGUGACGAGAGUCCAACAAAAAAAAAUCAUCACUUUUUCGUGUGAUUCCCAUCAUAUUAAAUUGAAGUUAGAACCCAUCUACUUCAAUAUCAAAUUCCGUUCCUCCCUUUCGAGUCACUUGGUGACUUCUGGAAGGACACAACAUAGUCGUGAGAACGUCAUUAGAUACCCUAGGCUUGUGCUAACAAUUAAGUGCGACAAUGAUCUCAUCGGCAAGAAAUGGUAGAACUUACUCAAGCCAUCUUCUCUGGAGUACAAUUAUUGUGAUUGGAAGUCUAAUUGUUACUACAGCUCAACAUGAUUUUCAAUUUGAAAAUGGAAAUAAUGAGGAGGAUCUCCAGUUCGUCUUCACGGAGCCAAUGGAACAAAUCUCAGAGACGAUGAAACCAACCAAAAAUACACACUAUGAGAAGGAAUUAUCGCAAUGUCCUUACUCAGAGAGUAAAAUUCUCCUCUCACUUGUGCUGAAAUCACAAAGUUGGAGUAAUAUUGUUGACAAUAAGAAGACUAAAGCUGUAAAUAAGCUUUCACGGUUCUUCAUGGUCCCAAAGAAAUUUUUCCACUUUGACGACAUUUCGAGGCGUGACAUUUACGAAAUGGUAAAAUAUUCAUCAAGUCGCGGUCCAAAUUCUCCAAAUUUGGGCUCUAGUAAAAAAGUAGGACGAAUAGAAUUUGUGGUGGGAUGUGACAAUGAACUCUUCCCCACGGGCAAAUUAAUUGCCAAUCAAAUUGCGGAACAAAUGAAGGAUGGCACCAUUGCGGAGAUCUCUGGCCUGGAAUUUGAGUGGUGGUCUGUGUGGAGACGACGUGCAAGCAAUAGAGUUCCGCGAACAAAGCGUGAAACGGAAGGAUCGGGUGAAGAUGACUACGAUGAUUAUUACGAUGAGGAGGAUGAAGAUGAAGAGGAAAUAACCGAAGUGCCAACCGUAUCAACACAUGCACAUCGACAUCAUCAUGGUGAUAGCAACAUUUUAGAUCGCAAUAGUAGAAUUGGCCUGACAAAGAUUCAGGCAGGUGGUCCUCAAGUUCAAUUGGUGGCGGACGGUGCUUUGGGGAAAACACUUGAGGCACUUGAUCCAGAAAUUCGAGAGAGUGUGUCAAUAUUGGAGUCUGAAAUAUCGAAAACAAUUGAGAACAAUAUGAGUAAGAUCAAAGAGAAUGAGGAGGAAAUUGAGAAGAUGUUGGAAAAUGCGCGCAGAAAGAAGCCAACGGGCAUCUUUACUGACAAUUUCAAUGUGGAAGAGGCUGAAGAUGACUUUAUCACGCCAAUUGUUGAGACAAUUCCGGAAGAUGAAAAAAUUGAGAUUAUCAAGAAGCCCCUUCCAACGCCACCGGCUCUGCCACCAUCGACCCACAGACAUUCAACCACACAGCCGGUCACGAUGUCCGGAAAGAAGGGCAUUGAGGAUGAUUAUGUGAUUGAGGAUGUGUCCCACAUGAGAAAGCCAGAUGGUAUGAAACCAAUGUAUGGCAAAGAUUUCGACACAACUCUAAUCCAUUUGGCAGCAACCACCUCCACAUCCUCCAUAGCCUCCACUGACACUUCGAUUGGUAAAGUGAAUCGUGGAGAGCAUUUGUGGAGACCAGUGACAAAAUCAUCCGGAUUUGAGGUAAAAACAGAGACAAAUACCCAAAUAGCAGACAAAGCAACAGAAGUGGUAACCACAAAAAGCACAUUCCGUGACUCUCAGACCACUCUCAGCACACCUCUGGCAAGUACAGAGAGUACACAACAAGAGCAAACAAGCACAACCACUUCCUUGGCAUCGCAAACACCCACCCAGUCCUCCCCGAAUGCAUUCACCGCCACGGCAAUUUCCAGUGCCACGGUCAAGGACGCAGAUAUUGAUGAGGAUGAUAAGUUGGAUGUUCCGGCAGUUACUCAUCAUACAGCUACCACAUAUAGAUCUCCGGAAACCACGCCGACAAGUGUCUCCAGUGAAAAGACGACAAGAAUUCCAUUCGGAAUUAUCCCAGUGUUCUCUACACCUUCAAGUCAUCAAACUACUAUUACUACCACCUUACCACCAGAAGAUUACUACGAUGAAGGCGAUGAUGACGAAGAAGUCACAAAAACAGUUAAUAUCGAUGUCCUACCAACUGUUCAGCCUACGACUGAAAGCACUACUGAACCAACUACGACCACAACAACACCCACGACGACCACAACAACGGAAAAAUUGGUCACUACAACAGAAUACAUUGAGUCUGAGCCAGUAAAUGCUCAUCCGAUGAUCAAGAAUCGUUUGCCCAAGCAACGUCUAACAGCAGGAAAACCAUUCAGCACACACGUUCCCCGGGAGAUGUUCUUUGACGAGGAGGAUGGGCAUAAUUUGAAAUUAGAGCUGUACGACGCCAGAGAUCACCCCCUUAAAGCCAACUCAUGGAUUCAGUUCAAUGCACAGUCAAGGGAGAUUUAUGGAUUACCCCUCGAGGAUGCCGUGUCUCACUGGAAGUAUCAUCUACAUGCCAGCGAUAGUAUUGGCCAAAGUGUUACAGAGACAUUGGACUUUUCCGUGCAACAGCACAAAUCCCACAGGAGUGCCAAUCAUGAGAUAAGCAUCGGAAUUCGUCUGAAUGAGAAAUUCAGCAAUAGCGUAGAUUGGCAAAUGAAAGUGGUUCGGGGAAUUGUGACUGCAAUGGGUGAUCCUAACAUGAGCAAUGUUGUUGUUAGGGAGAUCAGACAUAGUCAACAAGAUCCCAAUUCAGCCACAUUUGUCUACACAAAUGAAACUCUGCCCACAGAUCGGUGUGUUGAGCAGGAAUUGGAGGACAUGGUCAAGCGUUUGCACACCAAAGACUUCUCCGAAACUCUUAUGCCAGAAAUUUCGGUUAAGUCCGUUACGGGACAAAUGAUCGGAUCAUGUGCCAAACCCUCAGUACCCAAACCUAAACCAACUCCAACAAUUUCCAAAAACUACGCACCCGUACCGAGAAAUCAAGUGGAUAAGGUAAAUGCAACUGUUGGGCAACUACUGAUCUUCCAGGUACCUCUAGAUACCUUCUACGAUCCCGAAGAUGGUACGAAUCUUCGGUUGUCAUUGCUUUCGAACGAAGGAUCUAAGCUUGAUGCUAAACACUGGCUACAAUUCGAUUCGAAGAAUCAAGAAUUCUACGGAAUUCCCAAACCAGCGGACGUAGGUCAGAAGGAAUAUCUUUUGGUUGCAGAAGAUCACGAAGGCCUUACAGCAACAGAUGCCUUGGUUGUUGUGGUCAGUCAUGCUCCAAAGCGAGACUACAGCGCUCUUUUCGAAAUGACCCUAGGCAUCUCUAAUGACAAUUUUAACAAUUCUGCUACCCAGAGGAGAUUUAUCGAGAGGGUGGCCCAAGUUUUCGGAGACGUAUCUACGGCUAACAUUCAGGUGAGAUCUAUUCGAGCCAUUCAUCACUCUGGGCAUACUCUCGUUAGCUUUUACAAUACCACCAUCUAUCGCCUUCAUCAUAUCUGCCCUCAUGACGAAAUCGAAACUCUGAGGAACGUUUUGAUGUACCCAGAUGGCAGUGUUAGAAAUCGCGUACGUGAACUCGUCGGAAGUGAGUUCAAUCUGGUAGGCGUAAACCUGAUUCCUGCAGGAACUUGCCAGGGUGCAGAUACCAGUACCCACGAUCUGUUUGUACCCAUCAAGACAGAGGACAAGCCCGCGCCAACCUUCAAAGAUGAUUACCUGCUUACUUUCGUAUUGCCGGCUGUGAUUAUCCUGGCAAUGCUCCUACUGGCAUCCAUUAUUGCCUGUGUCCUUCACCGACGCAGACUGACUGGAAAGAUGGAGCUAGGAGAUGAGGAAGAGAGACGAUCUUUCAGAUCCAAAGGUAUUCCCGUGAUAUUCCAGGACGAACUCGAUGAAAAACCAGAGAUUGGGAAUAAAUCUCCGGUUAUUCUCAAAGAUGAAAAGCCACCGCUACUACCACCGUCCUACAAUAGUACCAACCCUGAUGGUGACAAUGAGGACGUUGAUGAAUAUGUACCACCACCAGCCGUGAUUAUCGGUGGCCGGGAAAGCCGAGGAAAAUCCCCAGUCACGCCAUCAUACAGGAAGCCACCACCGUACGUAUCGCCUUAAAGGGACACUCAACAAUCUUUGUAAAAUCGAGUCAUAUUUUUAAGCAAGAAGUAAAGUGGUAAAUAUGAGAAGAGUCUAAUUCAUAUUUCGCGACUGCACAAAAGAAAAAAAAAACAAUAAUAAAUUGAACAAUUUUCUUUUGAUUUUUAAAGGAACAAAAAAAAACUAUUUCUCUUCCGGAGUGUGUUACUCUUAAGAGAGAAGUUUGCACAGAUUCUUAUACACCAAUCCAUUAAUUUUAUAUUUGAUGCGAAAGAAAAAGGAAGAAAUCAUUUAUAUCUUUUUUUUAUUCUAUCAACUCUAGCCUAUGUUAGUUAAUGUAAGUGUGAAGAAAAUUUAUUCGUAAAUUAUUAUACUUUUUUUCUCUUUUUUCCGUGUAAUUAAUUUGUAAUGGAUUUUUGUGACUGACGACGAAUUUUCAUUAAAUUCUUCACGCACGCGAAAGUACCGGCCAUUAAUCAUGUUGAAAAGUCUGCAGAAUCAUACUAGCUAAACUAAAUUGAAAAAAAAACAAUGUUUCGAGCUGCUUUUCGAUGUUGCGAACAAAAAAAAAUCCCUAUCACACAUGAAAAUUCACUGCCAAAACCAAAAAGAAAUUAAUGAGAGGUGAAGAUUUCAUAAGAACAAAAUUAUCGUGUUUUAUCAGCACACUUAGGAACUGUUUUUCUUAUCAGCCGCAUAAAAGAUUUAGGUGAAAGAUAAGAAAGUCAAUAAAAAUAUCAAUGAUAUAUUUGAAAAAAAAAUUAUUCGAUAGAGAAGUCAAAAUAGAGUUUUGAGACCAGUAGAAAAUCCCCUUUAUAAUAAAUAAAUAUUGAAAAUAUUAAAAAAAAACUAAUAAUUGCUUCCAAUUCCCAACGUUUUUUACAAAGAAAAAAACACAAAGAAAGAUCUUACAGGCAGCAUGAAAAAGAAUAAUAAAAUAUUUUCUAAGGAAUUGCAAAUGCAGAGAAAAUCAAUCUAAUUGAGAAUGAUUUAUAAAACAUAGACACCCAAUAAUUGUACUAUAUAUUUUUAUAAAAUAAGAAUUAAAAAAAUAAACCACAGUAUAUCGAUAUUAGUACAUUUUUUGCAUCAACAAUUUUUAACGCAAACUUUUCUUAUCAAAUUUAGUAAUAUCAGAGAAAAGAAAAUAAAUUAUUUUUAAGGUUUCCACUAAAUUUUGAAGGAAAUGUAGAAUGGAACAUAAACUGUAAUAUUUGAAACUUAAAAAAAAAGCGACCUCAAAACCAGCACGAAUUAAAUAAAAUUUCUCUUUCGAGUGAGACGAUAAUACUAUUAAGUGGUGAAAAAAAAAAUCUAAUAAUUGUGGCAUUUUAUUUGUGAAAGUAACUAUAAACCAUAACCCUAUUUGCUAGUGUCUAAGGAAUAAUGAUGAAAAGAAGGAAUAAUAAUCGUAUAUUGACUUAUGUAAAAAAAAAAUGCUAUAUUUAAAACAAAGGAAGAAAAAACAAGUAUACAGCGAUGCAUUAAUCAAUUGUGGAAAUUUUUGUACAUACAAUUUAAAAAAAAACAAAUGAAUCAAUUGGAGUGGAAUAGAGAGUAGUAAGUUUUCCUACGAAUGUAAAAGGAAGAAAAAAAUACAAAAAAAGGAAUAUAGAAAAAUCUGACUAUUUUGUGUAGUGCAGUGAAAAAAAAUUAAGACAUUAAUAAAAAGAAAACUAUGAAUUUGCAUCUGAAUGCACCUCCAAAUUCUCUUCGGGCUAAAUUGAUGAAAUGUUUUAGUUACCGAGAGAGAAGAAAAAAAAUCAAUAAACGGUAAUUUAAUUAUAAGAAAAAA